AUGCCUUUCAAAGCUUUUGAUACCUUCAAAGAAAAAAUUCUGAAACCUGGCAAAGAAGGAGUGAAGAAUGCGGUGGGAGACUCGCUGGGAAUUUUACAAAGAAAAAUUGAUGGGACCAAUGAAGAAGAAGAUACCAUUGAGCUGAAUGAAGAAGGAAGGCCAGUGCAGACAUCCAGGCCAAGCCCCCCAUGGUGUGACUGCCAUUGCUGUGGCAUCCCCAAACGUUAUAUCAUCGCCAUCAUGAGUGGGUUAGGAUUCUGCAUUUCCUUUGGGAUUCGGUGCAAUCUUGGAGUUGCCAUUGUGGAAAUGGUCAACAAUAGCACUGUAUAUGUGGAUGGGAAACCAGAAAUUCAGAUAGCACAAUUUAAUUGGGAUCCAGAGACAGUGGGCCUUAUCCAUGGAUCUUUCUUCUGGGGUUAUAUAGUAACCCAAAUUCCAGGUGGUUUCAUUUCAAACAAGUUUGCUGCGAAUAGGGUCUUUGGAGCUGCCAUCUUCUUAACAUCAACUUUGAACAUGUUCAUCCCUUCUGCGGCCAGAGUGCAUUACGGCUGUGUCAUGGGUGUCAGAAUUUUGCAGGGCCUAGUGGAGGGCGUAACCUACCCAGCCUGCCAUGGGAUGUGGAGUAAGUGGGCACCGCCUCUGGAGAGAAGCCGACUGGCCACCACUUCUUUUUGUGGUUCCUAUGCAGGGGCAGUGGUGGCCAUGCCCUUGGCUGGGGUGUUGGUGCAGUACAUUGGUUGGGCCUCUGUCUUUUAUAUUUAUGGUAUGUUUGGGAUUAUUUGGUACAUGUUUUGGCUGUUGCAGGCCUAUGAGUGUCCAGCAAUGCACCCAACCAUAUCCAAUGAGGAGAGGACCUAUAUAGAGACAAGUAUAGGAGAAGGAGCUAACUUGGUUAGUCUAAGUAAAUUUAAUACACCAUGGAAAAGAUUUUUUACAUCAUUGCCAGUUUAUGCAAUCAUUGUGGCGAAUUUUUGCCGAAGUUGGACCUUUUAUUUGCUCUUAAUAAGUCAGCCUGCUUAUUUUGAAGAGGUCUUUGGAUUUGCAAUAAGUAAGGUGGGUCUCCUGUCAGCGGUUCCACACAUGGUGAUGACAAUUGUUGUGCCCAUUGGAGGACAACUGGCUGAUUAUUUAAGAAGCAGGAAAAUUUUGACCACAACUGCUGUCAGGAAGAUCAUGAACUGUGGAGGUUUUGGCAUGGAGGCCACCUUGCUCCUGGUGGUUGGUUUUUCCCAUACCAAAGGGGUGGCUAUCUCCUUUCUGGUGCUUGCUGUAGGAUUUAGUGGCUUUGCUAUUUCAGGUUUUAAUGUCAACCACCUGGACAUUGCCCCUCGCUAUGCCAGCAUUCUCAUGGGGAUCUCAAAUGGAGUGGGGACCCUCUCAGGAAUGGUCUGUCCUCUCAUCGUUGGGGCAAUGACCAAGCACAAGACCCGUGAGGAGUGGCAGAAUGUGUUCCUCAUAGCUGCCCUAGUGCACUACAGUGGUGUCAUCUUCUAUGGAGUCUUUGCUUCUGGGGAGAAACAGGAGUGGGCAGACCCAGAGAAUCUCUCUGAGGACAAAUGUGGGAUCCUUGACCAGGAUGAAUUAGCUGAAGAGACAGAACUCAACCAUGAGACUUCCAUGAGUCCCAGGAAGAAGAUGUCCUAUGGUGCCACCAUGCAGAAUUGUGAAGUCCGGAAGAAGGAAUGGAGCAGACAGAGAGGAGCCACUGUUGAGGAGGAAGAGCCUACAUCUUACCAGAAUGAGGAGGGACAUUUCUCAGACACAUCCUAA